AUGCCUGAAAGCGAUAUUUUGGAUAUAAGUUCGAGGUUUGAAACAGAUUCUAAAAUUACGAAAAUUGAAUAUCAUUCAUAUACACCUUAUACGACUUCAUUUAACAAUAAUGAUGAAAUACGAAUAUCAAUCCAGCAAACAGAUGUUUAUCCGUAUUUGCAUGAGAGUUUUAUUUUUUUAGAAGGUAAAAUAUCAGAAGCUAGUGAAGUAAAAAUUGCUAAUAACGGUUUUUCAUAUCUCUUUGAACAAAUACGACUUGAAAUCAAUGGAAUAGAAGUAGAUAGUACUCGAGUACUAGGUAUAAUCAGCUCGUUGAAAGGUUAUCUAUCAUGUACACCAGAUAACUAUAACUGUUAUGGAAAUGCAGGUUGA